GCUGUCCUGAUUUCAGCUGAUAUGGGAAUCAAAUUAAAAUUUGAUUAAUUGAUAAUUGAUUAUCGAAGCUUGAAAAUUGUAUGAAAUUUGAAUAUGCUAUACUUCAAACAUUCAAAUAUGUGUCCAUCCCCAUCCCUUUGCUGAAUUUUUACUUCGCUUUUUGUGUGACCAUCUCGUUUUUUGGUCAAUCAACCAUGGCCCAAGAAAAAUUAAAGAUUCUGUGUUUGCAUGGAUAUCAACAAAAUGCCCAACUACUGAGGGAGAAAACCGGUGGUAUUAGAAAAGCUAUCAAGACAGUCGAGUGGCAUUUCAUAGAUUCGCCUCAUCGAGUGGAAAAUAGUACAGAUGACGAAAAAGAUCCACGAGGCUGGUGGUUUACCAAUGAAAAUCGUACGUACAGUCGCAGCGAAAGCGAUCUCGAUGUUGGAUUUCAAGAUAGUUUAGAAGCGAUUGAAAAUAAAUAUACUAAGGAUGGUCCAUACCAUGGAUUAUUAGGAUUUUCUCAAGGGGGAUCUAUGGCCGCAAUAAUUGCUGCAUUAGAUCAACAAAAAUCAAAAAGAAGGUUCCAAUUCAUCAUGCUUGUCUCUGGAUUGAAAUCACACAUCAAGAGUCAUUCGAAAUUUUACGAAAAUAUAAUCGAUAUACCAUCGCUACACGUAAUGGGUGAAGCUGAUACUUUGGUUGACAAAGGAAAAAGUGAAGAAUUGGCCGAAUGCUUUAAUCCCACAAUACGAGAAGUUUACGUUCAUAAAAAAGCUCAUCUAAUACCUUGUGAUAAAACAGCCAUUACCGUAUACAGAAACUUUAUUCAAAAAUUCUCAAAUAGUACUUAACUAUAGCGAACUUUGUUCUCUAAAUGCAAUAAAUUUAUAAUCAGUCUCA